GUGACCUUUGUCCCAUUGACCGGGUUUCUGUAAUGAGGCAAAGGUUAGACAGACGGAAAUGGCGGAUCCGAACUACUUUCGAUUUGUGCAUGUUGGCUGGGCAAUUUUAAUAGGGUCAGGAUUAGCAGUAUUAACUUGGUCACAUUAUGACCCCGAUGGAAUUCCGUGGAUUUUUGGACCACUGGGCCAGCUUGGUACUUAUCUAGGAAAAACAUACCCAACACUAAUCAGAAACAUGUUUUAUGGAACCAUAGCGAUUCAUGUAGCAGAGGCUCUGUACUCCAUUAAAGUAUGCGGAGAUAAACACCUGAGCACCUCUGCGACCAUUAAGUGGUGCCUACAGACUUUUGUCUUUGGAUUUGCUUCCUUCCUUCGUUUGAACAAAGUCAAAAAUGUCAAAUCCAACUGAUGCCUUCUGGGUAAAUUUCACUCCUUGGAGGAGUUCACUGCUGCAGUACAAUCAAUUCUAGACCUAAACCUGUUUACUGUCAAAUCAGGACCAGCGGUCUGCAGCAGACGACCAUCUAGCAGACCAAAUUAAUUUAUCGUAGACUAAUUGCUUUUUGAUUGGUUGGCUUGAAAAUUCAAAUUGAUUGUCUCCAUUAUUGAAUUGGAUUGCAUGGAUACAUUGGCAUAUAUUCUGCUUUAAUUUAUGGCCAAAAUUUUGUUAAUAUGUUCUCUUAAUGAAACAUCAUGUAUUACACCCUAAUCUGAAGAAAAAAAUUCCAAUCAAGUACCUCAUAUUUUGUACAUAACAUAUGAAGCAUCAAUUCCUCCAUGUUUAAGAGAGUGUAAACCGAAUGUUUUAAUUAUUUUAUGAAUAUUGAUGAAUGGUUGUUUAGAAGAAUAUAUGUCACUAAGGUGAAAUGUAAAUACUUGUAUCUAAUAUGAUAAGUUGUUAAUUUUAUACCAAAAAAAAUGCA